AUGCCCCCAACAGGAAAUAUGGAUGUGAUCAGGGCUCUGUUUGUCCCUAAAUGGUCUUCAGAUGUGCGUCUCAAUGGAAAAACAGCCAUCGUGACUGGGGCCAACACAGGCAUUGGCAAAGAGACGGCCAAAGACCUCGCCAGCAGAGGAGCCAGGGUGAUUAUGGCGUGCAGAGACAUGGCCAAAGGAGAACAAGCCGCCCGCGACAUCCUGAGAGUUGUGAAAGGAGCCAAAGUAGUCGCCAGGCAACUAGAUCUGGGUGACACCAAAUCCAUUUGUCAGUUUGCCGAAAAUGUCUAUGACAAUGAGAAAACCCUUCACUAUCUGGUUAACAACGCAGGAGUAGCUAUUUGUCCUUUUGCGAAGACAGUGGAUGGAUAUGAGAUGCAGUUUGGAGUGAAUCAUCUUGGUCAUUUCUUUCUGACGUUUCUGUUGUUGGAUUUGCUGAAGCACUCGGCUCCAUCUCGAGUCAUUAAUGUCUCAUCAGCUGCUCACGCCAUGGGCAAGAUCCAGUUUGACGACCUGAGUGGAGAGAAGGACUACCACCCUGUCAGAGCCUAUGCACAAAGCAAACUGGCAAAUGUCCUGUUUACCCGUGAACUGGCCAAAAGGAUGGAGGCUUUUGGUGUGACUGCUUAUGCAGUGGACCCUGGGGCGGUCAACACUGAAAUCACCAGGCACAUACGGCGCCCUCUUGUGGACUUAUUCAAGACCUUUAGUUUUAUGAUCAAGACACCGGCAGAAGGCGCUCUCACAAUCAUUUACUGUGUCUGUAAUCCUGAGAGUCAGAUGGUCAACGGUGGAUAUUACAAGGACUGCGCUGGAGGCGAAAGCUGCAGAGCUGGUCAGGACGAUGCCACUGCUCUCAAACUGUGGGCUAUGAGCUGCCACCUGCUGGGCAUCCGCUGGAGAUAA